UCCCGCCCAAUCAACACACGUCAUUGAGACUUCUUCGCAUUACAGUCCACCAUCAUACUCCGCUACAUCAGGCGUCCCGUCCAAAGGGUGCAUAUCGCGGUGCAAGAGUGACCGCCUAAGAUAUCAGGCGUCCAGACAUAUCCUCACCUUCACAUUCGUUCAGCUGGUGGAGACCUGUUAAUUGAAAGAAUAUACGAUAUAUCCUUCCGGUACCUGUUUGAAGCUCAUGCGGUCAUUUUUCAAGAGGCCUUCAUGGGCAACAAGGGGAGAUGAUGAUAUGGACUCUGAGUUCUACCGUCGUGCUGGCCAAACGUACGCAGACAUUAUCGCUGCAAGUAAGGUAGCUCGAGAUAGUCCACUAGGUAGUCCUGGCAGUUCUACUACAGAGGACGGUAAGGUUUGUAAGCGUCGACACAUCUCAGGAGAACCGCUGUCGAGAGAACCCGCACCCCGAGUUCUUCCUGACGACGGCCAAGAGAGAAGCGAUAUACAAGGCAUAUCUCUCCGCAGCGUUGAUUCCUGGAAGACUUCACCAUACAUAAGUGAUUGUAACGACUGCCGGACGCCGGUACAAUUGCCAACAGACAAAGCUAGCGCUCUUGGCUCGAAAGUUGAUUCCUCUAACACCAGAGAUAUUCGGCAAACUCAUGUUUGGCCCUACCCAAGUACGAAUGCAGAAAUAACCGAGACGGAAAAUGCAGUCGACAAGAUCCCUGUUCCUUGUGAUGCUCGAAAGAACCAGCGAAAAGUUGCCGUCCAUACGGAUCAGCACCAUGAUUCUAUGGAUUAUGAUACGGUUGUUCAGAUUCUUAUCACCUCCAAAAUUGAAAGCACAAAGCCGCUGAUAAUCCACCGAAAAAUGUCACAGUCGCUGCGAGAUGUUCGUCUUGCAUGGUGUAACCGCCAAAGUAUACCGAAAGAGAUGCAGUCAUCCAUACUCCUGACUUGGAAGGGCAGAAGGCUAUUUGAUGUCACAACAUGCAGGAGCUUAGGAAUUGGCGUGCCGCAAGGCCUUGCCGACAGCGCAGUACACGGCGAUCAUAUUCAGCACGGCAGCAAAGAAGACAUUCGUAUCCACAUGGAGGCUGUUAUCGAAGACAAUGUGAUGGCAAUCAAUGACUGGCAAGCCUCGCAUGAAAGUUACCCUGCAUAUGCCCAAGAGUCUACAGCAACAGAUGGCAGCAGGCUUCUAUCAACAAGGGUCGUUUUGAAAUGCCCAAGCGCUGGCGACAUGGAAUUGAAAGUUAGUUCAAGAAUGCAAGUCUCGCGACUUGUUACUACAUUUCGUGAUGAAAAAAAUUUACCGAAAAACCGGGAAGUAUACCUAGUGUUCGAUGGUGAUCGGUUAGAUCCCAGUUCUUGUCUGUCGAUGUACGACAUGGCAGAUGGUGACCUCGUGGAUGUCGUGAUCAAAUGAAAUGUGGAGUUUAGAGGACACCCUUUCCCCUUCGCGGAACAAGGCUUAUUCCAUUGGGAGGUCAACAGACCGUUUUCUCUACUGAUGCAAUAUUGAAUAUGAUAAGUCUUAUUGGCUUCAGGCUGGUCCGUACUAAAUGCUUUAUGUUCGAUAGCUGAUAUGAGACGAGGAGAUAUAUUCGAUAAUAUGAAACAUAUUCAUUA